AUGGCAUCCAUUUUAGACCAGUAUGAGGAGGAGUCUAAUCGAGCAGCAGUCAGACGGCCCAAUGCAGUUGCCGGUGACAUGAUUGGACCCGGCUUUAUUGAUGCAAGACUAGAAACUGAUGCUCCAAUAUUUCUCAAGAAGAAAGUUAAUUUUAAGCCUCCGGACCAGAUCACUCACCUGGUGGUGGCCAACAACUUCCUGGUGAUGGCCAUGAGCAGUAACCUGUUGAUGCGCCUUGACCUGGAUCACCCAGACGAACCUGAUGAAGUGGAGCUGCCUCGAGCGGUCGAUGACAGCAUCCACAAGAUAUUUCUGGACCCAGCCGGAAGACACCUCAUCAUUUCCAUGAGCUCACAGGAUAACCUCUACCUGUCCCGGAACUGGAAGAAGCCAAAGUUGAUCACCAAAAUGAAGGGUCACCUGAUAGAGUCUGUCGGUUGGAACUGGCAAAAUACCAGUGAUAACACAACUAGUGCUAUCUUGUUGGGAACAAGCAAAGGUCUCAUCUUUGAAACAGAUCUUGCUGCGUAUGAAGACAGUAGGUUUUUUCAAGCCAACAUUGAACAGUAUUUGAAGCAGAAUAUUGAACUUGAAACAUCAGGCAAAUCCAGCCACCUGUUGUUUAAGCUACUCCAGGGAAAGGACAAGCCGGAGCCAGUGACUGGGCUGGAGUUUGACCGCAUGCCACACGUGGACAUGAACAUGUACAAAUAUUACAUCCUAGCUACCACCCCGGGGAGACUGUACCAGUUCAUAGGUCAAGUGUCACAGGUCUCAGAGCCUCCGAUGUUUUUGUCAUUGUUCCAGCAGUACGAGACAGGCACAGAGCAUCCCCAGUUUCUAGAGCUCCCUGGCGACUUUGGCUAUAGCGAGUUGCAUCUGUUCUUUCCCAAGUUCCGACAGCAGGCAACCAAGUUUGCUUGGAUGGCAGGACCUGGCAUUUACUAUGGGGAUAUCAACGUAAAAGGUUCAGCCGGCCCAAAUUCUGUCCUGGCCAAUGCCAAGUUACUGCCGUACAUGAAAGAUGAUGACAAGGCAGAUAGGCCACUGUCCAUGGUGCUCACAGAAUUUCACAUGCUGGUUCUCUACCCUGGCAGCAUGAAGGCACUCUGCUCACUCAACGAGGAGUUGGUCUAUGAUGAUCAGUAUCCUGAUAGGGUUGGUGCGCUGAAAGGCAUCUGCAAGGAUGUCAUCAAGGGAACCAUAUGGACGUACACACCCAGCUCUGUGUUCAAGUAUAAGGUGACAAAGGAGGACAGAAGAAUAAGGACCAUGUACCUUGACAAGGGAGAGUUUGAAAUGGCCAAAGAAUAUUGCAAGGACAACCCCAUGCACCUGGACAUGGUUCUCACCAAGCAGGCAGAGUUUCUCUUUUCUAAGGGCAAGUACGAGGAGAGUGCAGCCAUGUAUGCUCUGACACAGAACUCUUUCGAGGAGAUUGCCCUGAAGCUGAUCAAACUACCACAGAAUGAUGCCCUGAAGAUGUUUGUUCAUAAGAAGUUAGCUGCCCUCAGACCACAGGACAAGACCCAGAUGACAAUGCUGGUGACCUGGAUGAUUGAGCUGUUUCUCAACCAGCUGGGAGAGCUCAAGGAGCAGGGCCAGGAUGACACGUCCGAGUACGAGAACACCCAGGAGGAGUUCCGCAAGUUUCUCACACAACAGAAAGUCAAGGAGUGUGUGACACACAACAGGAGUGUUGUCUACGAUCUGAUUGCCAGCCAUGGUGAUGUGGAGGAUCUGGUGUUCUUUGCUGUCUUGAUGAAAGAUUUUGAGCGGGUGAUCAGCCAUCACAUCCAGCAUGACAACUACCGGGGCGCCCUGGAAGUGCUCACCAAGCAG